UUUUGCUUAAUUAAUUCAGUUUCGUUUCUAACCUAACCUAACUUCCAAUUUUCAAGAUUCAUCGUCCUCAAACUUUGUAAUUUGCAAUUUUAGCCUUUGCGCCCUGCAUUUUGAUUCAAUUCUGCGAGGAAUUUGAUGAUUUUUUCUUUCUGGAUUGUAUGAUCCGAUUUGUUGUUACGGGAUAUUUUGUGUGAUUUUCAUUGGUUGAGUGUGUACCCCGCAUCAACCGCUUUAGGUUAGUUCAUUUCGCGGUUCCGUGUGUGUUUUGAUUCCAAAUUAGGUUUUGGUUGUAUUUGAAUAGGCUUUGAUGGCUACGAAGAUCUUUGUUUUUAGAAGUGGCGGGUUGAAUGUGCGGUAACUGGGUGUGGCGGUGGGAGAUAAGGGGUUAAGAUGACGGAUAUUCAGCAGGAAUUGCAGCAGAAGCCCGAAAGCGUGGCUGCUGAUGCGCGCACAGAAUUUGAGCGGGGAUUGGAGGAAUUAAUGAUGCGUGGACAUUUGGAUGAUUGCAUGUCAUUUGCUUCUUGUAGCUCUCCACGGAACACUGAGGAUGAGGAUGACGAGGGUGAUCAGCUUGUUAGGAGGAGGAGGAGGUCAGAUCUUGAGGGGGAUGAUCUAGCCGAGACUUCUGCUGCCCGGAGACGCCACUCGCGGAUUUUGAGCAGGUGGGCAGCCCGGCAGGCAGAGGAGAUGAUUACUACAAUGGAGAGGAGGAAUAGAGAAUCUGAAUUGAUGACACUUGCAGGUCUGCAUACAGUUUCCAUGCUUGAUUCCUCAUUCUUGAGGGAGUCACAGUCUCCGACUUCCAGGAGGCAGAGUAAUGUUGAGAGACUAAGCACCCACGCAUCAUCUAUUUUGCAAAUGUGGAGGGAGCUGGAGGACGAGCACUUAUUGAAUCAUGCUCAGGAGAGGUUGAGGCAACAUAGGAGUGCCGAAACAAAUACGAAUAUCUCAAGCACAAAUGUGACUGAAAGUCGAGGCAGCGACAAUCAGGGCAGCCUGGACGAUGCAAGUGAAAGUGAGAAUGACUUUGGAGCUUGGUCCCAUGAUCAGAUGGAGACACAUAAUGAACAUGGGGUCCGUGACAGUUCUAGCCGCGAGCAAUCUCCUGACCUUGGUGAUGUUGAGAGGGAGAGAGUUCGGCAAAUUGUCAGGGGAUGGAUGGAGAGUGGCAUCAGCGAUCAUUCAUCUGAUGUAGCACAGAGGAGCAACGGUCAGAGAGCAGAGUGGCUUGGUGAAAAUGAGCGCGAAAGGGUUAGGAUUGUCAGGGAGUGGGUACAAAUGAAUAGUCAACAGAGAGGAGCUCGUGGCAGCCGAAGGGAUGGACAAGUUGCUGGAGUUGAACCUCAAGUUGACCAAGUUCGUGAAGGACUGGUUGUUGAGCAAGAUGAAGGCCAACCAGAGCAUGUUCGCAGGGACAUGCUUAGGUUGCGUGGAAGACAAGCUGUAAUUGACUUGCUUAUGAGGAUUGAGGGAGAAAGACAAAGGGAACUUCAGGGUUUGCUGGAGCAUCGGGCUGUUUCUGAAUUUGCUCAUCGCAACCGCAUUCAGUCAUUACUCAGAGGCAGAUUCUUGCGUAAUGAAAGGCCCACUGAGGAUGAGAGGCGUCCUUCACUGGCGGCAAGUGAACUGGUUCAGUUAAGACAACGGCAUACUGUUUCAGGCUUAAGUAGGGAAGGGUUCCGCUCCAGAUUGGAAAAUAUUGUACGCGGUCAAGUAGGCAGCAAUUCUGGUCCCAUAUCUAGCAACGACACUGAUUCUAGAAGUGAUCAGAUCCAUAUAAACACGCCACAGGAGGUGGGAAAUGAAAACCAUGAACAGUCUGAACCUAGGACUAGGGGAAGUGAUAUCCGCUGGUUGUCAGGUCCUGCAGAGAAUGCUGAAAGCGGCACAGCUGGUGAGAGCAUUGAUUGGCAAGCAACUGUGAAUCAUGGAACUGAUUGGCAGGAACAAAUUACAGAUGCUGAGAGAGGAAACUGGCAGCAGGCUGCAUACAAUCAGUUGAAUGGAUGGAGAGAUGGAUCUGCAGGAGAUUUGGAUGGCAAUUGGCAGGAAAAUCCAGUUCAUCACUGGCCUCAAGAAACUCCAGGCAUUGAAAGCAUAGAGGCAGCUCAUUCACAAGAAACCCGUGAGAUUUGGCGUGAACAUGGUGCAAGGGAAGCUGUGGAAAAUUGGUCAGAAGCACCUUCUGAUCCACCUAGAACCCGACGUUUUAUCCCGGUAAGAAGAGCAAAUAGAUUCCACCCUCCUGAUGAUGAUAAUGUGUACAACAUGGAACUCAGGGAACUUUUAAGCAGGAGAAGUGUUUCUAAUCUUCUUCGUAGUGGUUUCCGUGAGCGUUUGGACCAAUUGAUUCAGUCAUAUGUGGAAAGGCAAACCCAGGCUCCUAUUGACUGGGAUCUUCCUAGAAACUUUCCCUCUCCCAGUCCUGCUUCACCAGAGAGGGAUCAGGGGCAACAGAGGGAUGGGCAGAAUGGAGAUCAGAAUGAUGUUAUGGGCAGGCCUUCAUUGGUCCUACCAUCUCCUCCAGUGCCCCCUCCACAGCCACUUUGGCAUCAGGACUUAAAUCAUUCUAGCUGGCCACGGCAUAGCCUGCAUCGUUCAGAACUAGAGUGGGAGAUGAUUAAUGAUCUAAGAGCAGACAUGACAAGGCUUCAACAGGGCAUGAAUCACAUGCAGAGGAUGUUGGAGGCCUGUAUGGACAUGCAACUGGAGUUGCAACGCUCUGUAAGACAGGAGGUCUCUGCAGCUCUGAAUCGGAUGCCUGGUGGACAGGGUUCGUGGAUGGCAGAAACGUCGGAGGACGGAUAUAAUUGGGGUCAGGUUCGAAAGGGAACUUGCUGUGUUUGUUGUGAUAACCACAUUGAUUGUCUUCUGUACAGAUGCGGGCACAUGUGCACUUGUUCGAGGUGUGCCAACGAGUUGGUUCGCAGCGGAGGGAAGUGCCCCUUAUGCCGAGCACCCAUCGUUGAGGUUAUUCGUGCUUACUCCAUAGUGUAAACGAAAGAAAAGCUAAACUAAAACAAAAAAAAGAAAAAGAAAAAAGGUGAAUAAACAAUUGAAAGGACGAGUGAGAGGAGAACUGGGGGAGUCAUCUCCUUUUGCAGAUGUCUCAGGAAGCUCCGCUCCCCGUGUUCUUCGUCUCCUGUAGAUAUGUGUUGUAGCUUUGCCGCUGUUUUUCUGGUUGUAUGCUGAAAGCUUUGCCUCGCGUAAUUGGAAUGACAAACGGCACCUUUUGAUUCUUCAUUCAUUGGUAAAUAAAAUGCCAUUGAAAUUUCUUCUU